CUGCAGUAUUAAUAAUCCUCCUCUACACACUCCAGCAUACACGCCGAAAUAAACUGCCCGGAGCUCUCUGUAUAUAUCAAACACUGCGUGUCCGAAGGGCACAGCUGCAGGCAGAGCAAAACAUUUGCAGGAAUGGUACUGGAUAACUGCCAGACACCGAAAUCUUGGUGAAUAGCCUGCACAUGGAAAAAAAGCGACGCUGAUAGGUGGUCUACCCCGAGGAGCCUUCAGUAAACAGCCUGAUGGACGAGGAGACACCGCGCUGUUUACAUUGAAACGCGCUAAACGCAGAACAGAGCCGAGCGGAAAUGUUUCCCAGCAUCUGUUUCAUAACCCGACGCAUCUGAAGUGAGGCAGACAUGACGCGGCGCGCGCGCUCUGUUUCAUGAUGCAUCAGAGCACCCUCAUGCCUAAUUUUCUUCUAUGAAGCGAUUUUUUUUUCUUUAUUUAAUGUACAAUCACGGUGUCCUGCAGUAAAUCUGAAGCCUUAUGAGGAGGAUGAAAGCGUCGGUAUUUGUCGCGGUCAUGUCCUCGGUUUUAUUUAAUCCCAGUUUUGCCUUCAACUCGCAUUUCGACCCAGGUGGCUCCCCGUUGAGUGAGCUGUCAUGGCCGUCCUCUCUGGCGGUGGUUGCUGUCUCCUUCUCCGGCCUCUUCACAUUUGUCUUCCUCAUGCUAGCCUGCCUGUGCUGCAAGAAAGGGGACAUCAGCUUCAAGGAAUUUGAAAAUAUGGAGGGGGAGGAGGUCCAAGCGGACCUUUCCACUUUAGCCUCCCCCAGCUCUCAGAACGACCCCGAGGUUUAUAUCCUGCCCCUGACGGAGGUCUCACUACAUGUGUCCAAACAGCCCAGCAAGUCAUUUCAGCUGUUGAAGUCUACAGAUCUCGGACGCCACAGCCUCCUCUACAUAAAAGAAAUGGGACAGGGCUGCUUUGGCAAGGUUUUGCUGGGGGCGGUGAAUGUUGGACUCAGUACCACACAGGUGGUAGUUAAGGAGCUAAAGGCCAGUGCCAGUGUACAGGAGCAGAUGCAGUUCCUGGAAGAGGUCCAGCCUUACCGGUUGCUCCAGCAUCCAGCCCUCCUGCAGUGUCUGUCCCAGUGUUCAGAUAUCACGCCCUACCUGCUGGUUAUGGAGCACUGCCGCCUGGGAGAUGUUAAAGGAUACCUCCGUAGCUGUCGGGCAGCAGACUCAGUGACUCCUGACCCUUUGAUCCUUCAGCGGAUGGCAUGCGAGAUAGCUUCUGGUCUUCUGUACCUUCACAAACACAAUUACAUUCACAGUGACCUGGCCCUAAGGAACUGCCUGUUGACCUCAGAGCUGGCAGUGAAAAUUGGAGACUAUGGCCUCAGCCACAGCAAGUACAAGGAUGACUAUUAUGUGACAGCAGAUCAAAUAUGGGUUCCUCUACGUUGGAUUGCCCCAGAACUUAUUGAUGAAGUCCACGGCAAUCUCUUAGUAGUGGACCAAACCAAGUCCAGCAAUGUCUGCAGGUAUGAGGUAAUGCAGUUCUGUUGGCUGCAGCCUGAGCAGAGGCCUGUUGUGGAGGAAGUCCAUCUACUGCUAGACUACCUGUGUGCUAAGGGUGCAACUGAGUCUGAGGAGGACUUUGAGAAGCGCUGGAACUCUCUUAGGCCAAGUCUGGGCUCCAGCAGCUCUCACAGGACACCUCACAGGACACCUGAAGUAGCCUCUUCUACUUCUUCCUCAUUUCCUCUACUUGAACACUUCUCUAUGGCAGAAAGCUUCCAGUCUGAGAAUGGGGAUGAUAUAUUGACAGUAACUGAGACCAGCCAGGGUCUCAACUUUGAGUAUAAAUGGGAGCAGGCACGAGCUCAGCAGCCCUACUGCUCUUCUUCAGCUAGUGGACCAUUGGGAAAGAAUAAUCCCCAUUACCAGGAUGUGUAUUACCCUCUUAGCAAUUCCACGGGUAGCUGCAAGGGUGAGAGCCUCCCUCUUGGGGUUUCUCCAUCCUUCUAUGUGUCAGACGAUCCAGGUGUGGUUCCAGUGCUAAGUGCACACAGCCCCUCAGUAAGUAGUGAGUACUACAUCCGCAUUGAGGAGCCAGUUGAUUGCAACAUCAACUUAGAAGACACCAAUCUUGAUUACAGCCCAAGACUUGAAGCCAGUAACAGUAGCUUGUCCUCUACAGGCAGGAGGAGCCCCAUUGGGUCUCAGCCAAACACCUACUGGUCAGCAGCUAAAGAACCCAUCAGUAAUGAUUAUGAUUCAGAUAGUAUCCUAACCACGGAGCCACUCCACAGAAGAGUUCCAAGCUCGGUAGAGAUAGACCAGUCAGAAGUUUAUUUUUCUUCCAAUGACAGGCACAAUUUACAGUGUGAACAGUCACCUCAAGCAGGGCCAGAUGUUCAUUUGAUAAGAGGGCAUGGUUCAAACUCUGAUCAGCAGAGAAGAGGGUCGGGAAGCCUCUGCCAUAGACUGGAGGUGGUAAAGGAAAGCCCACUUGGAGUUUCAAUCUCUCUUAGUAGUCCCAGCUUGGCACAUUGUGACCCAUACCUUGAGUCUAACCAGAGAACUGUAGAAAGAAGUAUGGCCAGUGAGGCCUAUUAUGACAUGAUGGGCCCCUUACAAAAGAAUGUGCCCAGACCCCACUACAUGAGUAUUGAUAUUGACGCCGGUGAUGGCCUUCUUUUGGGGAGGGGGAGUGCUGAUCCAGAAGAUGAUGAUGAUCUGUUUUCUCAGAACAUGUUAACUAAUUGGAACUCCAACCACUCAGCAAACAACAACAGUUUAAGCGAUCGUACACAAGCUGUGGGUUUUCGAGAUGCAUACCUUGAUUUACAUCACCUGACACCCUCUUCUCAAGUCGGGAAUUUGAAAUCAAGAGCAUUGGAAACAAGAAACAGUUGUACAUAUAAUUCCAUCGAUUCAAUCAAAGACCACUCAUACAUGGAAGCCACAGAUAGUACACCCACUGCUAGUAACCCUCACGCUGACUCAGAGGGUGGUGAAUACCUACAUUUAAGCCCUGACAGUACUCAGGAUGUUGAAUCAUCUUCCAAAUGUCAUUCUGUCACAGAAAGUCAGCAUAUUUAUACAUGGCAGAAGAACAUUGCUCAUAAACAUAUCAAAAACAAUACAUCAGACUUCCGUGUAGGAGGUUGCGGCAGAAUGAAUCCAUCAACUCUUCCAUCGGAGCUGGUAGUGACUAAAGAAAACGUGUUACUUGAGACAAGGAUAUCCCCUGCACAAAAACUGAAACUUGGGACUGAUGGUUCUGCUGGAGUGUGUGGAAAAAUGGUGUCAUGCCCUAAGGAUCUGUCUAGGACUGUCUCAGAGUGUAACCAUUUGACAGACGGCAGGAUGGUGCCCGACAACUCCAGUAUAAAUUUGGUGAAAAUUAAUGAAUGCAAAGACGACUGCAUGGACAUCCCCUCUGGAGUACUAGCAGAUUAUCCCUUAGACUAUGCAGAGGUGGGCAGUAUUGACCUAACUCAUAGAACACUGCAGAGAGAGACUGGGUCCAGACACUGCGAGGACACAACUAAUCUUGCCUCUAGCAGCAGUCCCUGUGAGGGCUUCAGCCCUGAUAGUUACCACACGCCCAUUCAGCCGAAAUCCUUAGACAGUGGGUAUGAAACAGAGAAUAAUGAAUCCCCAGAGUUUAUCUUGAAAGACCUUGAAGGGAAUCCAGCCCUUAGCACUAGUGUAGAAUCAGACGAGUGUGACAUGUUGCUCCAGAUGGACCUAGAUGAAGAUGUCAAUGUAAUCCUCCUGCAUCCAUCCAGCAGUCAUCUACCACUGAUCAGCCUUGAUGAGAGGAAUCAGUACAGAGACUCUGCUUAUUUUUCUGACUAUGACAUGGAGAAUGACAAGAGCCCCAGUGAAGGGGUCCACAUGUUCUUCAGCCGCCAAGAUCAGGAUGAUGUCUUUGAACUCAAAGCAGAAAAGGAGGGCUCAGAAAAGACAUUUGGGAGAGAGGGACGUAACAUGGAGAGUGAGAAGGGACAUGACAUAUCUGUGCCAAAGGACAAUAGUGCAGCCCUUAAUGCUAAACAAUUGUGUCUUAAAAAGACAAGCCCAAAUCUGUGUUCAUCACCUGCAUUGGUUCCAGUGAUUUCUAUGCUUUCUCCCUUUCCUCCAGAGAUGGGGGGUUGCUUGACCAAGGAGUCAACUCCAGAUGAUGGUAUUGGGCUGGAAUCUGAUCACUCUGGAGAGGAACCAAACUCUGAAUGCUACUCUUCCACAGUGUCUGAAGGUUCUUCCUCAACACAGGAGGCCUCAGGUGUGGAGGAGCAGGCUAAUGGAGACACCAGAGAUUUUUCCUCAGCAGAGUCUCUAGGCUCAGACUCUACCAUAGUAGACUUAAGUGGGGAGGUAAUCCAAGCAGAGGAGCAAGAGGCCUGUAACAAACAGGACAAUCCGGAGCAAUGGAUUGGAAACAACGAGGAAAAGGAAGAUUCAGUGGAAGAAGGUGGCAUAGGUUCAGCACUUUCAAAACCAAAGCGUGAUGUAUCUUUGGAGAAUAUUCUUCCAGCCUUGCCAGAAGAUCUAGAUAUUCCAGCUCCACAGGGGAACGGAGAGAAGGUGGAUGAGGAGGAUUCAGAGGAUAGUGAUGAGUCUGAUGAAGAACUUCGUAGCUACAACAUACAGGAGCAGAGUGAUGAAGAGUUCCCUGUGGUGCCUGUCAUUGUGAGCGAUCGCAGCAGUGCACGGCAUCUACGCAGCCUCCUCAAAAUGCCCUCCAUACUGACACAGUCCUUCUGCGAUGAGCUGGAGAGCAAGAAAAAAGCGGUGUCAUUCUUUGAUGAUGUCACUGUGUUUCUGUUUGAUCAGGAGAGCCCCACGGGUGAGCUUGGGGACUACAGUUUUCCUGUGGAGGCAGAAGUCAAUUGCCAGGCUUCAGAGGUGGAGCUGCCACGGUCCCAGGAUAGGGAUAUUUCCCCUGAGGAUUCACCAGGAAGGAAUGUCUCAGAAGAAAGUGGGGCAUUUCAGUGGCAAGAUGAUUUUCCAUUGAUGCAAAGCCCUUCAACAUCAGAAUCUGGCUCUGAAGAGAUCGCUACACCACCCAACUCGCCUGUCAAGUCUCCAGAUGAAAAACCAGCACCUCCGCUUUCCCGAUUUAGUGUCUCUCGUUUCUCCAUUACGCAUGUGUCUGACUCUGACAUGGACUCCAUUGGAGGUAAAAGUGAGAAUGAAGCCCAGGAGUGAAGGGGUCAUUAACCCAUUUAAUUGAAGAGGUGUUUAGAACCCGUAUGGUUUGGUCUCAUCAGACUGUGGGCUCUCCUGAAUCGCCAUAUUUUUGUUCUUUUAAACGUGCUUGACAAAAGGGUCCUGUCAACCUGAUAUAAUGUUUGGACACAGUGCCUCAUAUUGUAGUGGAUUAGCCAGCCCCUCCCUUGUGUUCCUAGACAGAUGGUGGUUGAGUGACAGUUUUUUGAGGACAAAGCUAUAAGAACAGAAAAAGAGAUCUAUAUAACACAACAUAUUUAUUAUCUAUGUAUUAGAACAUGAAGUAUGAAGAUUAUAACUUAUUUGCACAAUUCAGUAUCAUGCUGAAAUCAUCCUUUUUUUUUUUUUUUUACACAUCAUAUUGUAGGAAACAAUAUAGAUACAAGUCUGCUCUCCUCAUUUGCUUGUCAAUAUGUGGUUUAGAGUCUGAAAGAUCUGUCAUAGUGCUUUAAUUUUUUUCAGGUUGACCCAAUGAGCUGCAUAAAACAGAGUUACAAGAUGUCCUGCCCUCAUAAAAGAAAGACCCACAUUUAUUAUUGAGGGUGCCAAAAAUUAUGUACACUGAGCCCCUCACUAUAAGCUGCUCAAAAGUGAUAUUUUCUAUAUUUGACCACUUUUAACAAAACUUUAGCUCAGGGGUGUUAAGCGUAUGGUACAAAACUAGAUUAUAUUAACAAUAUAAACCAUCACACUUAAAAGUCCUCAUACAGUCUUCAACAGCGUUUUGCUUUUUUUAAUGCUGAAGAACUUUCACACAGCAACUACCUGCACUUUAUUAUUGACUCGAGACAUCUUAUUCAAAAGUGCAGUUUAAUCAUUAACUCAUUAAUACUACUACUUCUAUUUAGAUAUCCCAAAUAUUUUACAGAUGACAGUGAUAUAUUACAGUACUUGAUUGUGCUGAGAAGCAAUGACAGUAUUGCAGGAGAACAGAUAAUAAACCAGCUAUUUUCCUUCAACUAGUAUGGUAGCAUGCAUAUAUACGAUAGCUCACAAAUGGGUCAUUCCUGUUACGCAGCAAUUCAAACUUAGACUUUCAGAAAUAUCAGGCACUUGAACACUUUAAAAAAGCUCAUGUGCUACAAUCUGAGUGCUCUGAGGAUGGCAACUUAAUGUGAGAAAUAGAAGAAUUUAAGUUGCCAUUUAAAAAGAUACAUCCAAACUUUGCUAUAUGGCACAGUCGAUCACCUGUCGUAAUGCUUCUUGACUGCAACUUUUGGAUGUUUUCAUGAGUGCAAGGUUUCACUGUUAUAGUUAAAAUAAUCAAACGAAUAUAAUAGCGAUUUAAAUCAAGUCUGUUUUUCACGCAAAGCUAUUGUAUGACUUCUGAGGAAUUAAAUAAGCUACAUUUAUGGUGCUUUUGCCAUAUUUGGAGCUGUAGCUCAGACAUUCAAUUCUUUGUGUUCCAAAACUUGAAUUUAAUAUAUCAUCCAGUAUGACAUAUGAUAGGGGCAUGAAAAUGCACAGCAUAUGACCUGAUGGUAUGAUGGUGAUAAGUUUACUGGUGCUUGUAAGGAUCAGAACUUUAGGAAGUCUAUCACAGCAGUCAGUCUCGUGCAUGAAUAACUUUUGCUUUGAAUCAGAGUGCUACAGGAACUGAUUUCAGGAAAAAACCAGCGGGUUAUCAAAGUCACAGCUGUACACUUCACACCUGUGGUACUCAGACACAUAACCAAGUUAAAGAAGGAAGAGUGACCAUCUCGUCUGUGAACAAAAUGUGUUACAAACAAUAAUGGCAGCUCCUGCAGAUCUGAUCCUUCGUCUGUGAUGAUGCCUUGUCUCAGAAGUGUUAUUUUUGUUAAAUCCAAUAACAAAUAGAUGUUCAAAAAUAUACUACAAAACAAUUCAGAUGGUCCAGAUGGCAUGUGGGCCUCAUGUGUUUCUACAAGUUUCUCUCAAUAUAUUUUGUCUUUUGUCCCUAUAUGAUCUGAGGUGUUACACUGAGGCAAGUUAUGACCUGUUUUACACGAUGAUCUGUUUAAAUGUAACGUACAGCUGUACCUGUCAUGCUCUGCCUUGAAUCACUGGAGCCCAUACACAUUUGUGCCAAUACUGUAAGUCACAAUCACUGCACCUGUACCCACGCUUUCUCGCUGUAUGCCUUUCAAGAGUUUUAUACUGUGCUAAAUCUUGCAGCAGUAGAUACUUUUUCUCAUUCAGAAUAUCAGUGCUUCAAUCGGCUGGUUAUGGUUGCCAAAGAAAGGUCAAAUGAAAGUGAACUGAAUGAAGCUUUGAAGGGAGAAGUCUGUUGUUACUGCCUCAUAGCUGUCGAACCGUAUGUCCUCACGACUCAUGCCUACUGUACUAUUC